AUGCAUUUCGCACCACUCCUUGUUCUGGCCGCCGUUGGCGCGUCAGCUCACCCUUCAGGCCAUAUCCACCUCCACCGUCGGGCUCACGAGAAGCGCACCCCUGAGCCCAAGCCCGAUCCCGCCGUUGGCGAUAUGGUUACUGCAACCAUAAUGGGCAAGGUCGUCAGCUGGACCAACACCUACGACGGCUCACCUUUCAUCAAGCAUGACCAACCAGCAGACGUCAAGGCCGCUGCCGCGCAGCCGGCUUCCUCCCCUACAUCGGCCUCUAACACAGUCCCCGCUGCGACGCCCUCUCCGGCGCCCGCCGCACCAGCCAGCAGCUCCUCGAGCAGCAGCUCUGACUCCAACUCUAGCUCCGGCUCCAAGUCCGGCACUGGUAUCACCUCUUACACACCCUUCUGCAACGGCCAGGCUACCGUUUCCAAGCGCGCUACCGUCGCGAACAUUGCCUACGUAGGCAACACGGGCAGCGCCAACAACUGGGGCUGCAACAUGAUGCUUGUUGCCGACGCCAAGACGGCCGACCAGUACAAGUACACCAUGAAGAUAACCAACCAGUCGAAGGACAAGCAGAUCUGCACGUGCUUCAACAAGAUUGGCCCCACUGGCCUCAUCGACGGCUUCUUCCACCAGGGUCCUACAUGGACAAUGGAAGGAAAGGCCACCCAGUACGUCGCUUUCGACGAAAACUCGCAGGGAGGCUGUGUCUGCAACGCGGGUGACAGCCUGCGCAAGACCUCCCUGGGCCAGUUGGCCGGUACCUGGAUCGAGAGCGACUUCGGUUCCUCGGUCAACAAGGGCUGGUCGGGCGCCGAUAUCUCGUCCAUUGUCCCCGAUAACUACAAGAUGCAGGUUGACGGCGCCAAGGUCUGCUUCGCCGGCACCUGCUCGACCAUCUGGCCCGGCGGCAAGGCUGACAACGCCUACACUGGCGGCAUGGAGGCUCAGGACGGCGUCGGCUUGAACAUUCCCCCAGGCAAGUGCCAGUUGGACGUCACGGUUGCCUUCAGCGGUUAG